GCGCUUCCGGUCGGCAAGAUGGGGGCUCGCAGGAGGAAGCGUGCGGCGCGGGACCCUAAGGAGGGCAUCCCGAGCCCGCCCGGCUACUCAGCCAUUCCGAUCAAGUUCUCUGAAAAGCAGCAGGCUUCCCAUUACCUCUACGUGAGAGAACACAGAGUUCGAGAAGGCACCAAGUCUACCUGGCCUCAGAAGCGUACCCUUUUUGUCCUCAAUGUGCCCCCAUAUUGCACGGAGGAGUGCUUGUCGCGCCUCCUGUCCACCUGUGGCCCCAUCCAGUCUGUGGAGCUACAGGAGAAGCCAGACCUUGCUGAGAGCCCAAAAGAGCCAAAGUCGAAGUUUUUUCACCCCAAGCCCGUUCCGGGGUUCCAAGUAGCCUACGUGGUGUUCCAGAAGCCAGGUGGAAUGUUGGCUGCCUUGACCCUGAAGGGCCCUUUGCUGGUCUCGACAGAGAGUCACCCUGUGAAGACUGGCAUUCACAAGUGGAUCAGUGACUACGCAGAUUCGCUGCCCGACCCUGAGGCCCUGAGGGUCGAAGUGGACACAUUUAUGGAGGCGUAUGACCAGAAGAUAGCUGAGGAGGAGGCUAAGGCCAAGGAGGAGGACGGAGUUCCUGACGAGGAGGGCUGGGUGAAGGUGACCCGCCGCGGCCGGCGGCCCGUGCUUCCCCGGACUGAGGCAGCCAGCCUGCGGGUGCUGGAGAGGGAGAAGCGGAAGCGCGCCCGCAAGGAGCUGCUCAACUUCUACGCCUGGCAGCACCGAGAGUCCCAGAUGGAGCAUCUAGCACAGCUGCGCAAGAAGUUUGAAGAGGACAAGCAGAAGAUUGAACUGAUGCGAGCCCAGCGCAAAUUCCGACCCUACUGAGCCGUGCUGGCCAUGGGCUCUCAUGGAAAGCAGCGGCAAGUGGGUAGAGGUGUGGGGCCAGCUAGAAUUAGGGGCCAGGCAGGGCCUGCAACACAUCCAAAGAGGCCAUUCUCUGGGGAACUGGCACUAGGCCCAGGGGCCAUCAUGUCCAGCAGCCCCAUCUCUGAGCCCACACAGGCUGGCGUGAGGGAGUGUCACCCUUGAUUAUUGUGCUUCACCCACCCUGGGCCCAGUGUUGGCGAGGCCUGCCCAGCAGGAAGACGUGGACUCAGGAAGUGGCUCCUUCCCUCUCCUGCCUAUAGACUCUCCUCAAGGAAACUAGAUCCAAGACCAGCUCUAUUCUCCCCUUUUUCUCAAUGGAAAAGCCCCUGCUGGCAGUGAAACAGCCUCAAAAGCACUGGGAACACAAGAACAUUGUAGUUUGCAUGCAGUUGGGCAGCAGGGAAAGGCUGCAGGCCUGGGUGUGCUAUCCUGGCCCCUCCUUCCUCCAGCUGCUGCCUGCUCACUGCAGAUCAUUAAGACAAGAUAGAUGCCCCCCGAGUCCAGACACUGUCUCCCUCUUGAAGUCACGAGUGGUAAAGUCAUGAUCUUGCUCCCUUCCCCCUAACUGCCAAUUGCGCUGGUCUUCAAGACUACCGGGACCCAUGCCCGCCACACCUGGCCUUGCUGGGGGGCAUGGGAGCUGGAGUCCAGGUGGGGGCUGGUAAGUCUGGUGAGCACAAGGUUGCUGAAGCCCCAGGCCCAGAGCUACAGCUGGGCUGGGAUCCCAUGUUUAUUUUGUAAAAAGGAGCUGGUGAUGGUGGCCACGUUGUGGGGCUCGUUCAUGUGGGGUGUAGUGAUUGCCUGAGACUGCCACAAACUGGAACCACUGGAGAAGGGUGAGGCGCAUGGUGAGGUGUGGCCAGAGGAGGUGGCACUCCCCACCCAUGGCCAGGUGAGCCUGGGAAGCUCCGCAGGCCCCUCUGGUGUGUCAGGGUCUCCCAUGGCCUGACGCUUCCCAUGGGUCAGGAGCACCCCCAAAUGCUCAGCUCCUUGGGCGCCAGUCAGUCCACAGCAGCGCAGGGACUCAGAGGCCACACAAGGGGUCUGGCCAUCUGAGUGGUAAAGCUGUAGAGUGAGGCGGGGAGGGGCUGUAGUCAGCUAGAUCAGGUCUGCCUGAGAGAAGAUUCGAGAUGGCAGCUCUCAAGCUUGCUCCCCCAGGAGACAGAAUAGCAGCACAGGAAAGCCUCAUCUGUCUCGGCAUUGACUGGUUGCCAGCCAGCCACAGAUGGGAUUCCCAUUUGUGACAAGGCCAAGAUGUGUGUAGAAGCCCCAGUGUCAGGGGUCUAUAGGUGGAUGGUGAUCGUAAAAUGCGGGUGCCCUGACCCUAAAGACCCCGGCAAGGAUUGAAGUCGCAACCCCAGCCUGCAGCCAGCACACCCACUGAUGAGACUGCUGGGAAGUGGUAAGAGGCGACAAGUUGAUCUGCUCCUCUGGGACCCUGUAAAAUGUGGCACUACCUCUGGCAGUUGUGCCUGGCUCAGAGGCAUAUAUGAGGACAAUAAAACUGGAAGAUUUUGCCAACAAAAGG